AUGAGUGUUUCUGAAUCCGUCAAGCCGCUGUUUGCACAGAUCGACAAGCUCAAGCCGGAGUACGUCAACAGACUGGCGCAGGCCGUCGCCAUUCCGUCUGUGUCCAGCGACGAGUCCCUCAGACCACAGGUGUUUGCCAUGGCCGAUUUCCUGAAAAAACAGCUGGAGUCCCUUGGUGCUGAGGACAUCCAGCUGCGCGACCUGGGAACCCAGCCUCCGCCUGUGUCGGAUCCAAAAUUACAAUUGCCUCCAAUUGUAUUGGCUCGUUUCGGCAAGAGCCCAGCGAAAAAAACCGUAUUGGUGUACGGCCACUACGACGUCCAGCCGGCGCUGCUGGAGGACGGCUGGAACUCGGACCCUUUCAAGCUCGUUGAGAAAGAUGGCAAACUGUACGGCCGCGGCUCCACAGACGACAAGGGCCCUGUCAUGGGCUGGCUCAACGCCGUCGAGGCCCACAACAAGGCGGGCAUCGAGCUGCCAGUCAACCUCGUUUGCUGCUUUGAAGGCAUGGAGGAGAGCGGCUCGCUGGGUCUGGACGAGCUUGUUGCCCAGGAGGCAGACAAGUACUUCAAGGGCGUCGACACCGUGUGCAUCUCGGACAACUACUGGCUCGGAACCAAAAAACCAGUGCUCACCUACGGCCUUCGCGGAUGCAGCUACUACCAGAUCACCGUGAGCGGGCCGGGCGCGGACCUGCACUCGGGCAUUUUCGGAGGCGUGAUUCACGAGCCUAUGACCGACCUCUUCAACGUCAUGUCCAAGCUGGUCGACACUCAGGGCAACAUCCAGAUUCCUGGUGUCAACGAGAUGGUGGCACCUCUCACAGAGAGAGAGGAGAAGCUGUACGAGAAAAUUGACUUUGACGUGGACGAGCUGAACCUUGCCUCCGGCUCCAACACCGCCAUCUACCAGGACAAGAAGAACAUACUUAUGCACAGAUGGAGAUACCCUUCAUUGUCGCUGCACGGAAUUGAGGGUGCUUUCUCUGGAGGAGGAGCCAAGACCGUGAUCCCAGCCAAGGUUGUUGGAAAAUUCUCCAUCAGAACUGUGCCUGACAUGGACCCGCGCAAGCUGGACGAGUACGUGUUCAAGUUCUGCAAGGAGAAGUUUGCCGAGCUCAAGUCUCCAAACAGCUUCAACGUCGAGCUGAUCCACGACGGUAACUACUGGGUUAGUGAUCCGUUCAAUGAGGCUUUCACUGCUGCUAGAAAGGCCACACAGCUUGUCUGGAACGUCGACCCCGACCUCACCAGAGAAGGUGGCUCCAUUCCGAUCACCCUGACGUUCGAAGAGCAGCUCAAGACCGAUGUUCUGCUGCUUCCAAUGGGCAAGGGAGACGAUGGGGCACACUCGAUCAACGAGAAGAUUGACGUUGCUAAUUAUCUGGAGGGUGUCAAGACGUUGAGUGCUUACUUGCACUAUUUCGCUGCAGGCAAGGACAGCGAGUAG